CAAUUCUUUCCUUCGUAACGAAGAGAACUUUCUAACAAACACAAACUAGGAAGGUUGGGCGGUAUCCCCGAACGAAUUCAUCUACGGGUCGAUCAUGUGGUUCGCAAUUUUCGGUGGACUGAUCAUCUACGGCUUGUUCAAGCUUUUCUUCGCCGGCGACGACGAUGUUAUGGAGGUUGAGACCUCCGAUUUUAAUGCUAUUUUCGCCGUCGCGAGUAGGUUUGAAAAGCUUUAUGGUGGAAAGGCUUACGUUGGGCUUCGGAUUCCUGAUGCUGACACCGGUUCUCGGCAGAAUAUUGAUCUUGUAGUGAUCACCAAAGAGGAGUUAUUGGUGAUAGCUGUUAAGAACUUAUCUGGAUUUGUCUCCAUCAACUCAGAUGGUUCCUGGGUUUGUGAUGAUGGAAAACAUAAGGCAAAGACUCUUCCUGACCCUGUUGAAGAGACCAAACAAUUGAUACCAGUCAUUGAGUCUUACAUUGAACAAAGAGGAGUGGAUCUUCCAGCAGGGUAUUUGUCAUGCAAAGUUGUACUUCCAAAUCCCAAAUUCCGUACAAUUGACUCGGGGUUAUUUCCUUCUGAAGUUAUUACCUACGACCAGUGGAUGCAGCUGAAACCGGGACACAGUUCCUUCUCUGGCUGGAUGAAAGGUGCAUUUCGUGGAAAGAAAGAGUUGCAGGAAGAACCUCUGGAUCAAAAGCUUAAAGCUAUCCUUGGCACUGCACCAAUGUGGGAUAAAUUGGAGCUCAAAGGGAAAUAUAUACUUGGAGACUUUCUGGAAUUCAAGGGCAAGGGAGAAGAUGUUGACUAUUUGAGAGAUAUCAAACGGUCAAAAAUUAGUCAUCUGACCAUUCAAAAGACGAGCAUGCUUGGAUUUGCACCUACAAGGCUGCAAGUGUUGUACGCUCCACGCGACUACCGAAGUGGGGGCUCAGCUUCAGCUUCAGAAUGGAGGGAAGUGACAGUAAGAUCAAGCACAGAGAUUUUGUUUCAACCUCAAAAUUCUACGAAAGUUCGUAAGUUUAAACUCUCUUCAGUUAUCUCCUUGACCCUCAGUGCUUAGAGAGAUGACCUUGUUGUUUCUAUCACUUUGCAUGACUGCUGUACUGAAGCUGCAUAUCACAAAUAGUUUCAAGGAUAGACUGUAUUCUAAGUUAUGUCAUUAAGUAUUAUUAGAAGAGAAGAAUUCAAUAGUGUUUACCUUAUUAUUUUUUUUUUUUUUCUGUCGACUUUCCCAUCAACAUUUUCACGUCAAUGGAUUUAGACAUUGACAUUAUAGGUGGAUCAGAAUUUCCUUGUUACUUUGUUACGGUAAUAAAAAGGAAAUUCAAUUAAAUAGAAAAGAUUUAAUGACAAGUUUAGUUUGGGAGC